UCGGUGGAAAUUCACAUCUAGUUGGAGUCAUGGCUGUGAUUGGGGAAAAAGGGAAUUUUGGACUUGACCUGAAAUUUGGUAGGCAUGUGUAUCGUCAGUAGAGCCACAAAAAAAGGCCGAACAAACAAGUGCUGCCGAGAGACCGCGACACGGCGUGCCAAGAUGAGUUUGCUGUUGAACAAUUCGGUGUUCACGGGCGUGGACGUGCACAGCAAGAGCAACCACCAGGACCAUCACACCAAUGAUUUUCCCGAAGAUCAGCUGACCGUCCGCAGGGGACAGGCCUUCAAGGUCACCUUGAAAUUGGCCAAGCCUUUCAAGCAGGGCAUCGAUUCCCUCGUCCUCAUCGCCUCCACCGGGGGAAGUCACGCUUCCGAGGAGAAGGGCACCUCGUGUCGCUUCGGAGUCCCGGACACGGGCGGCAGCUUGGCUUCGGCCAAAGCCGCGUGGACCGCCAAGCUGGACUUUGGCUUGUCGGCCAACAGCUUGCCGGUGGUCAUCACGCCCCCCGCGGACGCCCCCAUCGGCAGGUACACUUUGAAGGCCACCCUGUGGGGGGAGGACAAGACGGUCACCACGCUGGUGCUGCUCUACAACCCCUGGUUCUCUGGAGACUCCGUGUUCUUGCCGGAUGAGUCGAAGAGAGAAGAAUAUGUGCUGAAUGAACAGGGAGUCAUCUACAGAGGAAGUUUACAUUACAUUAUACCUUUGAGGUGGGACUUUGGACUGUUUGAAGACGACAUGGUUGAUAUUUGCCUCAACAUCCUGGACAAGAGUCUGAACUACAGAAAGAACCCCGCCGACGAUCUGGCCUCCCGCAGCGACCCGGUCUACGUGGGCCGCGUGAUCAGUGCCAUGAUCAACAGUCCGGACGACAGAGGUGUCCUGAUGGGCAACUGGUCGGAUUCCUUUGAGGGCGGCCACUCGCCGUCCCACUGGAGCGGCAGCUAUAGCAUCCUCUCCAUGUGGAAGAACAACAACUUCCGGACGGUCAAGUACGGCCAGUGCUGGGUCUUUGCCGGCGUCAUGUGUUCAGUCAUGCGUCUGCUGGGCAUUCCCACCCGCGUGGUCACUAACUUCAUGUCGGCCCACGACACGGACGCCAGCCUUACCAUCGACGUAUACCACGCCGACGAGGGGGCCAGGCACAAAGAGUCCAAUGACAGUAUCUGGAACUAUCACGUGUGGGUUGAGUCGUGGAUGAAGCGUCCUAAGCUGAAGGCCAAUCGCACAUAUGACGGCUGGCAGGUUCUGGAUGCUACGCCGCAGGAGACCAGUGACGGUUUGUACCAGUGCGGCCCCUCCUCUUUGAUUGCCAUCUUGAACGGCGAGACCCAGCUUCCGUACGACGUCCCCUUCGUCUUCGCCGAGGUCAACGCAGACUGCGUCGACUGGCUGACGAAAGCUGACGGCACCGACGUGAAGAUGAUCUCGGACACCAAGCGAGUCGGACAUUACAUAUCCACCAAGGGUGUGGGCAACAAUAGGCGCGAGGACAUCACCAAGUACUACAAGCACAGGGAGGGCACGGAGGCCGAACGGAAUGUGUUCAUGUACGCCAUCAGCGAUGACAAAGAUAGCGAGCCAGACAGAGGCCCCCCGGAAACCCCCAAACCACCAACCCCACCGCGCCCACUGCCGCAGCUCAUGAUACAACUUGUUGAGACGUCGGCACCAGAGUAUGGGAAGGACGUCCAGAUGAAGCUGGUGAUGAGCAGCGACAGCAGAGUGGAAAGGAUGCUCAACGUCCGCAUCACCGUGGAUGGGAUGCACUACAACGGCACCUUUGUCGCCACCAUCCAAUCCGAAGUCAAGGAAGGGACGCUGCGCCCUUUCCGAGAGCUGACAAUACCCAUUGUGAUCCCCGCGCGUUCGUACCUCAAGCACAUGAUGUACGCCGACAGCUUGAAGGUGUCGGCCGUGGUGACGGACAAGAAGUAUCCCGACAAAAAGUACCUGGCGGAGGAAGACGUGAUACUGCAUGACCCUCCCGUUACAGUCACUGUUAACGGUUAUGUACGGCAGCACCAGGCGGCGUACGCAGAGGUGAUCUUCAUGAACCCCUUGCAGGAGACCCUUACGGGCAUGACGCUGACCCUGUCGGGAAGCGGACUCUUGCGGCAGGAGUUCGAAUUCGGGUAACAAAAUCCCAGAGUAAGACCUCAGCCAAGGCCCCGCAGUCCACUUUCUCCAACCGACACAAAAUUGGGUUGACAUGCAUCAUAACAGGAUGGACGAAAAAGUCUCGAUCACGCCUCUCAGCGAUAGGCCAUUUUGGUUUGAAAGCAGCCCUUACACACGGAA